CUGGAGCUAAGUCUAGACGAGGCACGAUCCGGCGUAAGCUGGUUCCCGGCUUCCCAUGCGCUUCGUCAAUUUGAUCAGACUGUUGAUAUGAGAGACGGGGCCCAGCUUAAAUCCGGCGCAGUGAUGCUGCAAGGAACUCUGGGUAAGAGAAUGCAGACGGUAAUAUUGUUUAUCGAUGAUUCGUUUACUGUCUGAUAAAUUCUGUUAUUGAAGACAUCACACGAAUUUUAUGGUCUGAUAGCUUGUCGGAUACAAGUCUCACUCUCCUGGAUCGCCUUAGUUCAGCACCAGCAACAUCUGGAAGUUUAGUAGUUUGGAUUACCUCCCUUGCACUGUCUGUGACAUCGUCUGAGGACAUCAUCAUUGAGCUGCAAGUCUGGUCUCCUGCAAAUUUUUUCAUGAGUGUGAACACCAUAACAUCCACAAGUUAAUAAUGGAAGUACAAAGCCCACCACAGAAUCCAGGCUCUGUUACUAACACAUGUGUAGUCAGGGACUGUGUGAGAGAGUUGCUGGAAACAGGUGAUGUUAAGAGACACUCUGUUACUGACAUGCUGGAAAAUGGUGAUCUCAGGAAAAACUCUGUUACUGAUGUGAUGGAAACAGGUGAUCUCAAGAAACAGGAAGGAAUCAAGCCUUAUCAGUGUGUUGUAUGUGGGAAAGAGUUUAAGCGCUCAAAUAAACUGCAGGCACACAUGAGGAUUCACAGCGGAAUCAAGCCUUAUCAGUGUGUUGAAUGUGGCAAAAAAUUUACAGAGUCAGGUAACCUGCAUAGACACAUGAGGAUUCACAGUGGAAUCAAGCCUUAUCAGUGUGUUGAAUGUGGGAAAGAAUUUAAAGACUCAAAUAAACUGCAGACACACAUGAGGAUUCACAGUGGAAUCAAGCCUUAUCAGUGUAUUGAAUGUGGGAAAGAAUUUACAGACUCAGGUAAUCUGCAGAGACACAUGAGGAUUCACAGUGGCAUAAGGCCUUAUCAGUGUGUUGAAUGUGGGAAAGGAUUUUCACGAUCAUGUCACCUGCAGACACACAUGAGGAUUCACAGCGGAAACAAAUCUUAUCAGUGUGGUGAAUGUGGGAAACGAUUUAUACAAUCAUAUAACCUGAAGAGACACAUUAGGAGCCACAGUGGAAUCAAGCCUUAUCAGUGUGUCGAAUGUGGGAAAGAAUUUACAGAGUCAGGUAGCGUGCAGAGACACAUGAGGGUUCACAGUGGAAUCAAGCCUUAUCAGUGUGUUGAAUGUGGGAAAGAAUUUGCAUAUUCAGAUAGCCUGCAGUCACACUUGAGGAGUCACAGUGGAAUCAAGCCUUAUCAGUGUGUUGAGUGUGGUAAAGAAUUUACACACUCAUAUUGCCUACAGACACACAUGAGGAUUCACAGUGGAAUCAAGCCCUAUCAGUGUGUUGAAUGUGGGAAAGAAUUUAGUGUAUCUGGUAGCCUGAAGAGACACACGCGGAUUCACAGUGGUAUCAAGCCUUAUCAGUGUGGUGAAUGUGGGAAAAGAUUUUCAGUAUCAUGUCAUCUGCAGACACACAUGAGGAUUCACAGUGGUAUCAAGCCUUAUCAGUGUGUUGAAUGUGGGAAAGGAUUUACACGAUCAGGUGGCUUGCAGAAACACAUGAGGAUUCACAGUGGAAUCAAGCCUUCCUACAUCGCCCAGACGACCUACUUUUACCUCCUGUCAGCUUGGAUCUUGCCAGCUCCCGCCAGUCGCCGGGUCGGCGUUUCCGCACCUCUUCAGACACUUCGUCCUGCCAUUCUUCUGGUUCCUGUCACCAAUGUCAUACUCCUGACGACUCCACUGCUGCCUCCACUAAAGUCAAGUGCUGUUGACAGCUAUCGCCGGGACAGUGUCGCCAGUUAUCCCCUGAUCGUCUUCAGGCGUCUCCAGACCGCCACCAGCCGGUGCCAGACCGUCGCCUCAUUUCACCAAAUCUCUGUCAGCUUUUGCCGGACCGUCGCCAGUGAUUGCCAGCUUUUGCCAGACCGUCGCCAAUGCUCGCUGGAUCGCCAGCUUUCAUCGGACUUUCGCCAGCCACGUUACCGCCUGCAGUUCUGCGCCGAUCCUCCUCCAACUACCACUCCCUUGGAACAUCGAUAUCGGCCUCGUGAUGUGCCGGAGCUUCAGGCCAAUAUCGAUCUCCUGAUUGCCAAGAAUGCAGUAGAUCGCCUGGACGCCGACUCCAUCUCUCCAGGACUGCUAGAGGUUCCAGGUUAUCAUCGGCUCCGGCCCUUUUUGCCAUGGUCCGAGGCUUUCGACUUGCUCCUGGCCCUUGCAACAGCUGCCAGGUUUAGUGAGCUUCAUGCCCUGGAUGUGACCCGUGUCCGUGAACACCAUAACGUCCACAAGUUAAAAAUGGAAGUACAAAGCCAACCACAGAAUCCUGGCUCUGUUACUGAAACAUGUGUAGUCAGGAACUGUGAGAGAGAGUUGCUGGAAACAGGUGAUGUCAAGAGAGAACUUGUCACCAACACACUGGAAACAGGUGAUGUCAAGAAACACUGUGGAAUAAAACCUUACCAGUGUGUUGUGUGUGGGAACAAAUUUACAAAGUCAGGUAACCUGCAGACACACAUGAGGAUUCACAGUGGAAUCAAGCCUUAUGAGUGUGUUGUAUGUGGGAAAGAAUUGACAAAGUCAGAUACCCUGCAGACACACAUGAGGAUUCACAGUGGAAUCAAACCAUAUGAGUGUGUUGAAUGUGGGAAAAAAUUUACAGUCUCAGGUACACUGCAGAGACACAUGAGGAUUCACAGUGGAAUCAAGCCUUUUAAGUGUGUUGAAUGUGGGAAAGCAUUUACAGAAUCAGGUAGCUUGCAGAUGCACAUGAGGAUUCACAGUGGAAUCAAGCCUUAUCAGUGUGUUGAAUGUGGGAAAGCAUUUACACAGUCAAGUAACCUGCAGAAACACAUGAGGAUUCACACUGGAAUCAAGCCUUUUAAGUGUGUUGAAUGUUCGAAAGCAUUUACACAAUCAGGUAGCUUGCAGAUGCACAUGAGGAUUCACAGUGGAAUCAAGCCUUUUAAGUGUGUUGAAUGUGGGAAAAGGUUUACAGGGUCAAGAAACCUGCAGAAACACAUGAGUAUUCACAGUGGAAUCAAGCCUCAUGAAUAUGUUGAAUUUGGGGAAAAAUUUACAGUGUCAAGAAACCUGCAGAAACACAUGAGGUUUCACAGUGGAGUCAAGCCUUAUGAGUGUGUUGUAUGUGGGAAAGCAUUUACACAAUCAUGUCACCUUAGGACACACAUGAGGAUUCACAGUGGAAUCAAGCCUUAUCAGUGUGUUGAAUGUGGGAAAACAUUUACUCAAUCAGGUACCCUGCAGAAACACAUGAGGAUUCACAGUGGAGUCAAGCCUUAUGAGUGUGUUGAAUGUGGGAAAGCAUUUACACAGUCAAGUAAUCUGAUGUCACACAUGAGGAUUCACAGUCGAAUUAUUUGAUUGAAUUUAGUGGACUGAGAUAUCCCUAGUAUGAUGAGUGUGUGCGUUGUAACUGAUAAUAAUAAAUCAAUGAACAUA